UCAUGACUGCCCUGAUGAGAAAGUUGAAGACAGGAAUUGUCUUGCUUGCCUCCCACUAGACUGCAUUUUCUUUGGUCAAAGACUCCUUUCCUCAUGGGGCGUGCCUGGGUCCAGGCCCUCCUAAGAGGUCCUCUCUGGCUGCCUGUACUCUGGGCACUCUUGUCUCCCGUCUGCUGUUCCCAUCUCCCACCAGGAUGGCGCUUCUCUUCCUCUGAAGUUGUGAUCCCCAGGAAGGUGGCCCACAGGAGGGGUGGAGUUGAGAUGCCAGACCAGCUCUCCUACAGCAUGCGUUUCCAGGGUCGAAGACACAUGAUUCACAUGAAGCUCAAGAAGGACUUACUGCCGAGACAUUUUCCUGUUAUUACCAAUAAUGACCAAGGGGCCAUGCAGGAGGACUACCCCUUUGUCCCCCAAGACUGUUACUACUACAGCUACCUGGAGGGGGUUCCUGGGUCUAUGGCCACACUGGACACCUGCUAUGGAGGUCUGCGUGGCAUGCUGCAGGUAGAUGACUUGACUUAUGAAAUCAAACCCCUGGAGGCUUCUUCCAAAUUUGAGCAUUUGGUAUCUUUGCUGGUGUCAGAAGAAAGACCAGAAGAGGCAAAAAGGUGUAAUGUAGAAGAGACAGAGACAAAUCAAGAAUUUGAAAAGGUAAAACUGGCUGAAACUCCAAGAGCAGGUCCUAUUUAUUUGUGGAGGUAUCAUAGGAAAUACAUGAAACUUCACUACACUGUUUCUCACUCAUUAUAUUUACGAGACAGAAAUAUUACACGUUGGAUAGAGAAAACGGUGAUUCUAAACAACAUAGUACAUUCUAUUUUCAUCCAAGCGGUUAUAAGUAUCCAUAUACGUAUGUUGUGCAUAUGGGAUAAAGAGGAUGCAACAUGGGUUGAAGACGCACCUACCGAGACAGUGUUAGAAUUCUUUGGUUUGUGGAAAUGGAUUUAUUGGUAUAAAAAAUUUCCACAUGAUACUUCAGUUCUUUUCACAGGACAUAUGAUUGGACCAAAUCACUAUUUUGCCUUCCAUGGAGGAUUGUGCAAUCCCAACUGGGGAGCAGGAUAUGUAUAUGUACAAGAAGCACACUUAUUUUUAAUUGCAACUAUUACAGCACAUACAGUAGGCCAUAGCGCUGGCCUCUACCAUGAUGAGUAUGGUUGUUAUUGCUUUCGAAGAACCAACUGUGUCAUGGCUCCUGUUCCUGGUCUUCUAGAUAUGUUCAGCAAUUGUUCUUAUGCAAGGCUUCAUAUCCGAAUUUAUGGAUACGAUACUUGUAUGAGUGGUCAAAAUGUUCCAUAUGACAAUUAUCCUUAUGUAGCUCCUCGUUGUGGAGACAAGAUCAAAAAUAGGAAUGAAGAAUGUGACUGUGGCUCCCUUAAAGAGUGUGCCAGCGAUAAAUGUUGUGGGACCAAUUGUGUCCUUAACCUUGGCAGUAUUUGUUAUGAAGGAAGUUGCUGCCAAAGCUGUAAAUUAGCUCCCCCGGGAACCAUCUGCAGAGACACACGUGGCAUAUGUGAUCUACCAGAAUUCUGUGAUGGGAAAGGAAACACAUGUCCAGAUGACUUCUACCUCCAGGAUGGGACCCCAUGUUCAGCAGUAUCUGUUUGUGUGAGAGGAAACUGCAGUGACCGUGGUAUGCAGUGUCAAGCUCUUUUUGGCUUCAGAGUGAAAGAUGGUUCACCAGCAUGCUAUAAAAAAUUGAAUAUGAAGGGCGACCGAUUUGGAAACUGUGGGGUUACACUGCAAAAAGGAGGAAGUAAACCUUUCCCAUGCGAAGAAGAUGAUGUUUUGUGUGGAAUGCUGCAUUGCAGUGGUGUCAAAAAAAUUCCUGGUGGAGGUGAGCACUCUACAUUUCGUAGCAUAAUAGUAAAAGAUGUUAAAGAAGUAAAAUGCUUUGGAUAUGAUGUGCAUAGUGGGACAGAUUUGCCACAAGUGGGGCUUGUAGUGGAUGGUGCAGGAUGUGGCCCAGGAAAAUACUGCCUAAAUCAGAAUUGUACUUAUUAUCCAGACAUGGGUUUUGACUGUGAUUUGAAGAACUGCAACUUCAAAGGGGUGUGUAACAACAAGAAACAUUGUCACUGUUUGCGUGGUUGGAAACCACCAUCAUGUGACACAGUGGGAACAGGUGGCAGUGUUGAUAGCGGCCCUCCGCCUUACAAAAACCCUCGUAUUGCAGCCAACAUACGUGUGAAUAUAAACAAGAUGGUAACUGCAAUAUUUAUUCGUUUCAUCCUUUUUCUGGUUUCACUUCUUGUUGGUGGCCUUUCACGAGCAAAACAAACUGUAGAAGAGAAAGUUUUGAAAAAUACUGUACAUGAAGAUGAGUGA